AUCCCGUUAAAUUAAAAAACGAAGAGAGAAUUGAUAAAAACUUGGCAAACAAGCGAAGCUCUUGACAAUUGUUUUUUCUUUCUAAUAUAACUCCAAUUUUAAAGAGAUUUUUCACCGGUUUUUGUCACUCCCUAAAACCCCACGAUGAGUUCCAUGGAAAUCGAUUUCAAACAAUAUCAACUCCGCUGCCAAUUACGAGGCCACGAAGACGAUGUUCGUGGAAUAUGUGUUUGUGGAAGUGAAGGUAUAGCCACUUCUUCGAGAGACAGAACGGUUAGGUUCUGGUCUCUUGAUUCGUCAGAUAAGCGUAAGUAUGUUUCGUCUAAGAUGCUAUUAGGGCAUUCGAGUUUCGUCGGUCCAUUGGCUUGGAUUGCACCGGAUGAGGAGUUUCCUGAAGGUGGAAUUGUUUCCGGUGGGAUGGAUACCAUGGUUUUUGUUUGGGACUUGAGGACUGGAGAGAAAGUGCAGUCAUUGAAGGGUCACCAACUGCAGGUUACCGGUGUUGUAUUGGACGGUGGGGAUAUCAUUUCCUCAUCGGUUGAUUGCACUUUAAGACGAUGGAGGAAGGGUCAACCUGUUGAAUCCUGGGAGGCACACAAGUCGGCCAUUCAAGCUGUAAUAAAGCUUCCUUCAGGAGAGCUAGUUUCAGGUUCGACUGACACAACCUUGAAACUUUGGAGAGGCAAGACUUGUUUGCACACUUUUUCUGGGCAUACUGAUACUGUUCGGGGUUUGGGAGUUAUGCAUGGAUUGGGGAUUCUUUCUGCGUCACAUGAUGGUUCCAUCAUGUUAUGGGCUCAAAGUGGCGAAGUAUUAAUGGUGAUGGUUGGUCAUACUUCCAUUGUCUACUCAGUUGAUGCUCAUGUUUCUGGACUUAUUGUCAGUGGUAGCGAAGAUCGUUUUACAAAGAUAUGGAAAGAUGGGGUCUGUGUGCAAAGCUUAGAGCACCCUGGUUGUGUUUGGGAUGCUAAAUUUUUGGAAAAUGGAGAUAUUGUGACUGCAUGUUCAGAUGGAGUUGUAAGAAUUUGGACAGUAGAUCAGGAGAACAUUGCAGAUCCUGUGGAACUUGAGGCAUAUGCUUCAGAACUCUCCGAAUACAAAUUGAGUAGGAAGAGUGUUGGUGGUUUGAAAUUGGUAGAUUUACCUGGGCUUGAGGCUUUGCAGAUUCCAGGAACUAGUGAUGGCCAGACAAAAAUUGUUAGAGAAGGCGACAAUGGAGUAGCUUAUUCAUGGAAUAUGAGAGAACAGAAAUGGGAUAAGAUUGGUGAAGUAGUUGAUGGUCCAGAUGACAGCAUGAAGCGUUCGGUUCUUGAUGGAGUUCAAUAUGAUUAUGUAUUUGAUGUUGAUAUUGGCGAUGGGGAGCCUAUACGUAAGUUACCUUAUAAUCGAUCAGAUAAUCCGUAUGACACUGCUGAUAAGUGGCUUCUGAAGGAGAACCUUCCUCUUUCUUACCGUCAACAAAUCGUGGAGUUUAUACUUCAAAAUACUGGGCAAAAGGAUUUCAAUAUUGAUCCAACAUUUCGUGAUCCAUAUACUGGCUCUAGUGCUUAUGUACCUGGACAGCCAUCAUAUGCUUCUGGUAUUGCGGCUAAACCUACCUUUAAACAUAUCCCAAAGAGAGGAAUGCUGGUUUUUGAUGCGGCUCAAUUUGAUGGCAUCCUCAAAAAAAUUUCAGAGUUCAACAACACACUACUGGCUGACUCGGAAAAAAAGGACUUCUCUUUGACAGAACCGGAGAUCUCUAGACUGGGUGCUAUUGUUAAAAUUCUGAAGGACACAUCACAUUACCAUACGAGCAGGUUUGCUGAUGUUGACAUUGCGUUGUUGCUGAAAUUGCUGAAAUCAUGGCCAGUUGCCAUGAUAUUUCCUGUUAUUGACAUGCUGAGGAUGACCGUUCUGCACCCUGAUGGGGCAACUGUACUUCUCAGGCAUGUUGAAGUCAAUGAUGUGGUAAUGGAAAUGAUUAUGAAAGCCACGACUGAUCCUGCACUUCCUGCAAAUCUUUUAACCAGCAUCCGUGCUGUAACUAACUUUUUCAAGAAUUCGAGCUACUACAGCUGGCUGCAAAAGCAUCGUAGUGAUAUUCUUGAUGCAUUUUCAAGUUGUCUUGCAUCACCAAACAAGAAUUUACAGUUGGCUUAUUCAACCCUGAUACUAAAUUAUGCGGUGCUGCUAAUUGAAAAGCAGGAUGAAGAAGGUCAAUCCCAUGUUCUUUCAGCAGCUUUAGAGAUUGCUGAACAGGAAACUCUAGAGAUUGAUUCAAGGUUCCGAGCUUUAGUUGCCAUUGGAUCACUGAUGCUUGAGGGUCUGGUGAAAAAACUAGCAAUGGACUUUGAUGUUGGGAACAUUGCCAAAGCAGCAAAGGCUUCUAAGGAAGCCAAGAUUGCAGAAAUUGGAGCUGACAUUGAACUGUUAACAAAACAGAGUUGAAAGCUGGUGGUUCCUAGAUGAGAGAGAAUGGUCGAGAGUUUGGACAGAUCUUCUGUGUAGGGAUCAAAUUGGAGAUUGCAGAGAAAAGUGGGUCGGAAAAAUUCAUUUUAACCAAUCAUAUAUUCCGGGGAACUUGGGGCUUCAUCUCAUAAAACCCAACCGUUUGCAGCAUAUUUUGCUUGCUUUAUAUUACUGUUUACGGAUGGUAAGACAGCUUGGGUGGUUGAUCUUUAGGCUUCAUUUGUUCACAGAAAACAGGCAAAGCAAAAUGAUGCAAAAAUGGAUCAAAUUGCUGGUUUUCAUUUGAUUUAAUGAUGCGUAGUUUAUGGUCA